GUUUUUAUUUAUAAGAUUUGCUUGUCUUCAUGGAAUUCAAUGCCUUGUAAAAUAGAUUGAUAUAUGAUCUUUCAUUUCAUGAUUCAAAAUUUCACAAAGUUGUUCUUAUAGGUACAAGUUCUUAGGUGUGCCAAUUGACAUAAUUCAUAUUUCGAUUUGUGGACAAAAAAUCCAUGGAACAUAAUGACUUUUUCACAUAUAGAACUAAAAAAAAAAGUCUUCACAUCUUUUUCAGGACAGUGAAUGCUUCUGUGGAUGCUCUCUUGGAGGAGUUUCAUUUGAGUUUGAAGUUGAAAAAGGAAAAUUCUUCGAGAAAUCUAGUUGAGUUUUGCUGCUCGAAAGACGGUUGGAAAUUUGUGUUGUAAUCUAGAAGAAAAAAUCAUCGAUGGAUCCUUUGCCAGGUUCACCUUUGACAUGAUGCUUGCAUGGGAGAGCCCCCGUUCGAUCGCCGAACAAUGCCAUUCGGAAGGCCUCGCAAAGGAAAAGGAAGAUAGGGAAGACCGAAUCGACAAUGAUAUACCGCUUUUUUAUUCGGACUUGUUGCCUCUACUUGUCGACGAUGAGGGAAAUGUCGGCGAAGAAGCAUUCGUUUGGAUUGUGUCCUUGUUCCCUUUAGCAGCAGAUGUGGUUAAUGUGCGAUUCACAUUCGAGGCUCUCACCGCACCUACGGCCGGUCGGCUUCAUUUUCCGGCUUAUGAUAGGUUUCUCAAAGAAAUGGACAAGUGUAUCAAAUAUCUGCAGAAACAGCAAAUACCAACUGGUGUAGAACUGGCCGAAGACGAAUUUAUACUUCAUGUGGAAGGGACUGCUAAAACACAAAGAGUAGUACGACACAUUGGCACGACAAGUUGGCCAGGUAGGCUGACUUUAACAAAUAAGGCACUGUAUUUUGAGGCUUCGGGAGCUUUAUCGUAUGAAAAUGCUUUGAAGAUUGAUCUUUCGAGAACAGAAGCCGGUCAUCGAUUGAGUGCAACAUCAACCGGGCCUUGGGGUGUUCCGCUGUUCGACAAAGCUAUCACAUAUGAAUCUGAACAACAAUCAGAGCCGAUAAUUUUAGAAUUUCCAGAGAUGACAAGUUCGACAAGACGCGAUCAUUGGCUCGCAUUAGUAAAGGAAAUAGUUUUGCUACAUCACUUCAUCUCAAAAUUCAAUGUGGAAUCUCCAUCGAAAUCAUGGGAACUGCAUGCAAGGACAAUCUUCGGAAUAUUGAGACUUCAUGCAGCAAGAGAAAUGCUUCGGAUAUCACCUCCGAUUCCGACGAAAUUUCCUGAUAUUCUCAUUGUUCGAUGAACUACCGAAAGGCAACCAUGUGUUGGAAGACUUAUUUAGCAGCUUGAAAACAACAAACGGGAUUUGUACUUCUAACACAGCCUCUGUUUUGAAAGGUUUAAGUAUGCCUUGUCUAAUCGAUUCAAUGAUCGAGAUAAAGGAGGUUCUUGAGAAGCAGUCGACUGAGAAAGCCGAUUCGUUAGCAUCCCUUGAGCUAUCCAUUAAUCAAGUAAGAGAGGAAGCAAAGGAAGUUCGCAUCGCCCAAGCGACAAUUGAAGAGUUAAAAGAUGAAGGCAUUAGUGACAGUUAUCUUAUCUUGAUGGAAUUAUUGAAUCCACUAAAGAUGGCGCUGCCCCGGUUAGAAGGAAUCCUUGCAUGGGAUAGACCAGUGGUAACCACCGGUGCGCUUGCCAUGUCUCUACUUGUCACAUAUAAGGAAUGGUUUGGUUAUGCAAUAGCAUCAUUUUUUUGAUGUCAGUGGUUGGCUUGAUGAUUUGGGCUAGAAAUAAGAAUCUUCGAGACAAAUGCAUAAAAAUUCCAGUGCCUACAUCCUCAGAGCAAAUGACGAUGGAGAACUUGGCUUCAGCUAAGCAUGCAUUGGAUAAAUUUCGAGAAGUUCUUCAAACCACAAACAUCACCACACUGAAAGUUCAGUCAAUACUAGUAUCAAGGGCUCCGAAGCAUGCAAACAUGGUGAUGUGGGUGGCAUCUGGAGUUGCCAUUGUGCUGAUGAUAGUUCCAUUGAAGUUCAUUCUAAUGGGUUUGAUCAUGUACUUGUUUUGUGUUACCAAAACGACAAGUAGAAUCAGGAAGUCUAUUUCUAGAGAUCAGGGAGAUAGGCGUCUCAAAGAGUGGUGGGAUUCAAUCCCAGUUGCACCUGUUCAUAUCAUCCGAAACACCCAGUAAAAUGUGUUCAACUUUAUUAUAAUAACAAUUAUUUUUAAGAUAUAUUAACUCAUAACUGGAAGUUUUUGAUGAUGAAACCUCAUUCAAGUAGAGUUUAGACAACUAGCAUCUAUCUAAUACUUGGUGGUUAGCUAUGGUUACAAGUCUGAUACUAAAUCACUUAACCGUCCUAACAGGGCUAAAAACCUAACCCUAGGUUGUAUUUUGAAUUCUAUUCUCUGUAAUUUUGGUUUAACUCUGCCUCACAAAUAAUGCUAAAUCUCAUUCAAGAAGUAGAGUUUAGACAAAUAGUAUCUAUAUAAUACUUGGUGGUUAGUUAUGGUUACGAGUCUGACACUAAAUCACUUAAUCGUCCUAAGAGAGGAGGGGAAAAACACUAACCCUAUGU